AAGUAAGAUAAGCGUUUGCAACACCCCGGUCGUUCUGAUUGGACAUUCAAACAGAUUGGCAGUGUCAAAUAUGAAUCAUUAUCGCCCAAGUGCCCCGUUCCACACAGGAACCCCGGCUAACUUGCAGAGACCACAAUUUGACAACUGGAGCGCCAAAAAGAAGAGCUCGCUUGGAUUGUUCGGAACUUCAUCCUCGGUCGUGUACUGGGGAGAUUUGAAAGAGAGGGAUGAGAAGAUGAAGGCUAUGAGGCUGAAAUAUGAUAUGAAUGAGAGCAGGCGUGAACUUGUGCGUGAGGCCUUUCACAAGCUUGAUCACGAUGGGGACGGUUUAGUGACGAUCGAUGAUUUGCGAAACAAGGGAUACAACGCCAAGUCUCAUCCAAGAUACUCAGCAGAAGGAGUGAAUCAUUGGAGUGAAGAUCAGAUUUACUUGAGCGUUCUAGCGAGGUUCAAAGGAGGAGUUUAUGAACCCGGCACGACCGUGAAAUAUCAAGAUUUGAGACUAGAGGAAUUCGAGGAGUAUUACAGAAUCGUAGGAGAGGACCUUGACGACGAGUAUUUUGAGGCGAUGAUGAUACAGGCCUGGAGAAUACAAAGGAAGAAUCCAGGAUUUCAAGGAUACGAUAACAGGAUCUUAUCACAGCUAGCUUUGGUUGAAGCGAACAUGUUGCAAGACAAAUAUUUCGGGCAAGAUGAACUGAACAGGUCAAAGUUGGAGGCUGUACAAAUAGAUUCCGAACAACAAGCUAAAUUAGAUUCGUGGAAAUCGAUGAUACAGAGUGGGGAUUUCAACAAGAUGAACAAGGCUGCUGAAGAGAUAGAGAUCUGGGUGAAAGUUGAAGAUAAGAUGAAAGAGUUCUCCCGACCUGUUCCUGCCAAUGCUAUCCGUUUCUUCCGCUCGGGAGGCGCUGACAUGCUCACAGAGCUGGCUUGUGCUCAGGAUGCCAUCAUUAAACGUACUUGCGCCAAUGUCUUGUUCUGGGCUCUCAAGCCUGAGCUUGCGCAGCUGGAGCUUGCAAAGGACAGCAAAGGGAAAACCCGAUUGAUAAGGGACGGACUGCCAGCGAUCGCACAGGGCUCGGAUGCAGUUGCCAGAAACAAAGUAGAGCGAGUCAAAAGCAUGAUCAUGUAAAUCAGUGUACAGUCAAACUCACGGACAGUUAUUAUGAUACUUCAGUAAAAAUUUGUG